UCCUGGGGAAGGAUUGAGCGUGGUUUUGUUUUCAAAAGCAAUAGCUACUUUUGCUAUUGCUUUGUAUUACAGUCUCAUUUGGAGGGAUCUUUCCAAAUAAUGUUGGGAUUAUUUUAUGUUAAAAAUGCACUCAGAAUACUCAGGACUAAUAUGACUUGAGUUAUAAUUUACAUUUAUAUUUGAACACUUCACCUUUCCAGGAUAGGGCAGAACUACAGAACAACAUACAAGAUCACAUGAGUCAGCCUAUUGCUUCCCACAGAGGUUAGAGAUGGCAACAGUAGGAGCUCCUCCACACCUAGCCUUUUGGAUCCUUCCUUUCAACAGAAUGUCAGGCAUGAUGAUAACAUUAACACCGAUGGUCACAUGAGUAACUCUUCAACCAAUGGAGAGGAGGAAGUCAACAAUUCAAGCAGUGAAGAUGAAUUCAAUAAUGAGAACUCUCCCACAACUACCCUGAUGGACAAGGGCAUACAAGAGAAUGAUAAUAAAGAUAACCAAAUCAGCGCAGAAAACUGUAUUAACACUUCCAACAGUGAAGAUGAACAUGAGGGACUCAAUGCUGAGAGCACUACCACAAGCAAAUGGGAUGUGGACAUUUCAGAGUAAUCUUUUUUCCUUGGCAACCUGUAGAAUGAAGAAGCCAUGUCAUAUUUUGAAGAGGACUUGAGUGAUGCUGCUAGUAAUGAAGGGGAAAACCAUGCUAGCAAUGAAGAUGUAAUGGAGGGGAAUAGAACUAGAGAAAAGACACCUGAACUUCCAGUGGGCAGUGAAGACCAAGCAGAUGGUGACAAUCGCCUGUAUCCUGGUGCACCUGUUUCAAAGGGAGAAAGUUUAUUGAUGCUCAUGUCAUAUGUGCUGCGGAACAAUUUAACGGGCAAAGCACUUACUCAUUUACUGGAAAUGUUCAAUUUUUCCAGGUCUGAUUCCACCCUCACAUACCUUUUCCACAAAGAAUUUGGAAGUUCAUCACAGUCUGAAGUUCACUUUUAUUGUGAAAAAUGCUUAGCAUACCUUGGCAUUAGUGCACACUGUCCCUCUCAUUGUACCUUUUGCAACACAGUGUUUGAUGCCAACAAAAGUUUAAAAAAUGGCUUCUUCUUUCUUGUAAUUCACCUUCAUGCACAGAUUAAACAACUUCUGCAGGAACAUGAUGUCAGUCUUACUGAAAAAACUAGAUCCUUUGGUGUUUUAACUGACAUACAGUCUGGUGGAAAGUAUCAGAAAUUGUGUGACAGUGGAGUUCUUGGAAAAUAUGAUUUGACCCUGAUUUGGAAUUGUGAUGGUGCACCAGUGUUUAAAAGCUCUAAAUGCAGCAUUUGGCCAAUUCAGUGCCAGGUAAUUGAACUGGAACCAGAAAUAAGAAAAAGGCACAUUUUGAUGUCAGCAUUAUGGUUUGGGCCAGCUAAACCAUCAAUGAUUACAUUGCUGACACCAUUUGUUAAAGAAGCUUCAUUAUUAGAGACUGAAGGCAUUGCCUGGCAAGACAGAAAAGGACACAGUCAUGUUUCCAAAGUGUUUGUCCUAAUUUGUAGCUCUGAUUCUGUGGCUUGUCCAUUGCUUCGCAACACUAAGCAGUUCAAUGGUUUUUACGGCUGUGAUUUUUGCUUGCACAGAGGUGGUAGAUCGUAUUCAUACGAACAACCUGUACCCCUACUUAGAAAUGAGAGGGAUCAUUUCAGUCAUGCAAUGUCAGGAACAAAUAAUGAACCAGUGUAUGGAGUCAAAAGGCCAUCUCCUUUAAUGCAACUUCAACACUUCCAAAUGAUAAAUGGCUUCAUUCCUGACUAUCAACACAAUGUGUGUCUGGGAAUCACUUGCCAACUCUCUACACUGUGGUUUGAUUCAACAAACAGAGAUUCCCCCUGGUUCAUAGGUAAAGAGAUUGAUGAAGUUGAUAGGCGACUUGUAAAAAUAAAACCACCUGUUGAGAUUACUAGGACACCAAGGUCACUGACUGAACGGAUGUUCUGGAAAGCUUCAGAGUGGCGAGCAUUUCUCCUUUUCUAUUCUCUACCUGUAUUGAAAGGCAUACUCCCUGCAAGAUUUUGGAACCAUUUGUUCCUACUGGUGUUUGGCAUAUAUACAUUAUUGCAGGAUACCAUUAAGACUGAAAGCAUCUUGAUAGCGGAGCUAGCUCUAAAACAUUUGUCAUUGUUUUCCAAAGACUGUAUGGGAAGAACAAUAUGACUUUUAAUAUCCACUUGCUAACACACAUUGCUCAAAGUGUCAAACAAUGGGGGCCAUUAUGGGCUACAUCAACCUUUACAUUUGAAUCCAAUAUGGGCAGUCUCAAGAAGUAUUUUCAUGGAACACAGUAUGUCCCCUCACAAAUUGUCAGAACAUUUCUGUUGUGGAGAGAAUUGCCAAAAAGGGCUAAGAACACUAUCCAUCCGGAAAAUGAAAAGGUUAAGUCUUUUGUUGAAGAACUUUACUUUAAUAAAAGAAAAAUAGAAAAUUGUAAAAUACUAACUGAAAGUGUCAGAGGUUUUGGUCAUCCCCUGAUACAAAAAUGUAUUAAAAUACCAUGUAGGCUUGCCAUUGCAAAGUUGUGUGGAAAUCUAAGCAUCUGCUUCUGGUCUUACAACCGUUUCUUGGUUGACGGAGUUCUGUAUCAUAGUCAAAACUAUGACAGACUAAAAAAGAGAUACAACAGUGCUGUAUGCUUAAAAGAUGGAACAUUUUGUUUAAUUAAUGACUUGGUUAUUUUUAAAAAAACAUGUUCGCAUCAACUUUCUGCUUUUUGUUCAUGUGCCAAACUAUGUUGUGUUUUAGUUGAGGUACUUGCUAAAUCAGACAGGCCUGUGUGUAAAGAUUCACAGAUCAGUGUUCAAAGUACUUUCAUAUAUGAGGUUAAACACACUGAAACUGUUAAUGCUGUCUGGCCUGACAUGAUUAAAACAAAAUGUGUUCUUGUUGAAACGGAUGAUGCUAUGUACAUAACACCAUUGCCAGAUCCUUAUGAGAGGGACUAGAACUUGAUCAAUAAAGUCAAGUCUGUUUCCCUGUUUCUGUGUAUGUUAUUAAGGCACAAAAAGGUUAUGCAAUUGAGCAUGCAUACUAUACUGUAACUUAAACUCCAGCACAAUAUGAUCUUGAACAUGUAAGUUUAUAACACGGGUGAUACCUCAAAGCAAACUUGUGUAAUGAAAAAUGUAAAUGUAAGCAUGAGUCUGACUUCACCUUAUCCUGUACUUGGAUCAAGA